AUGUCGUUUUCCAUAACAAUACACACGGUUUCUUUCUUCCUUUCUUUCUUUCUUUCUUUCUUUCUUUCUUCUUCUUUCUUUCUUCAUUUCUUUCUUUCUUUAUUUCAUUUUAACUUUCUUACUACAUCAUUUCUUUUCUUUUUACAUCGUCUUUUUCUUUUCUUUUCUUGCUUUCUUUCUUUCUUCUUCUUUCUUUCAUUUUUACUUUCUUACUUCUACAUCAUUUCAUUCUUUUGCAUCGUUUUUUCUUUCUUUCUUUCUUUCUUUCUUUCUUUUUCUUUUUUCUUUCUUCCUUUCUUUCAUUUUACUUUCUUUCAUUUUACUUUCUUUUACUUCUUUUCUUUCUUUCUUUUUCUUUUUUCUUUCUUUCUUUCUUUCUUUCUUUCUUUCAUUUACUUUCUUACUUACAUCCAUUUCUUUCUUUCUUUCUUUUCUUUCUUUCUUUCUUUUCUUUCUUUCUUUCUUUCAUUUUACUUUCUUCUUCUACAUCAUUUUUUCUUUUACAUCGUCUUUUCUUUCUUUUUUUUCUUUUUUCUUUCUUUCUUUCUUUCUUUUUACUUUCUUCUACAUCAUUUCUUUCUUUUUAUCUUUCUUUUUCUUUCUUCUUUCUUUUCAUUUUCUCCUUUUCUUUCUUUUUUCUUUCUUUUUUCUUUCUUUUCUUUCUUUAAUUUCUUUCUUUUAUUUUCGUCUUUUCUUUUCUUUCUUUCUUUCUUUCUUUCUUUCUUUUUUUUUCAUUUUUACUUUCUUUUCUACAUCAUUUCUUUCUCUCUUUCUUUUCUUUCUUUUUUUCUUUCUUUCUUUCAUUUCUUUUCUUUUCUUUCAUUUUUCUUUCUUAAUUCUCUUUCAUUUCUUUCUUUUCUUUCUUUCUUUCUUUCUUUUUUCUUCCUUUCUUUCAUUUUUUACUUUCUUCUACAUCAUUUCUUUCUUUUACAUCGUCUUUUUUUUCUUUCUUUCUUUCUUUCUUUCUUUCUUUCUUUCAUUUUUCUCUUUCUUCUACAUUUUUCUUUCUUUUACAUCGUCUUUUUCUUUCUUUUUUUUCUUUAUUUUCUUUCUUUCUUUCUUUCUUUUUUCAUUUUCUUACUUAUUUCAUCAUUUCUUUCUUUUACAUCGUUUUCUUUCUUUCUUUCUUUCUUGCUUUCUUUCUUUCUUUCUUUCUUUUUUUUACUUUUUUACUUCUACAUCAUUUCUUUCUUUUACAUAUAUCUUUCUUUUUCUUUCUUUCUUUUCUUUCUUUCUUUUUUCAUUUUUUUUACAUUUCUUAUUUCUUUCAUUUCUUUCUUUUUUCUAUCAAUUUUUCUUUCUUUCUUUUCUUUCUUUCUUUCUUUCUUUCUUUCCUUUCUUUUUUUACUUUCUUACUUUCAUCAUUUUUUCUUUUAUCUCGUCUUCUUUUUCUUUCUUUUCUUUCUUUCUUUCUUUUAUUUUUUCUUUCAUUUUUUCUUUUCUUACUUUUCUACAUCAUUUCUUUUUCUUUUACUUUCGUCUUUUCUUUCUUUUUUUUUCUUUCUUUCUUUCUUUCUUUUAUUUCUUUUCUUUCUUUCUUUCUUCCUUUAUUUCAUCGUUUUCUUAAUUCUACAUCAUUUUCUUUCUUUUACAUCGUCUUUUCUUUCUUUUUUCUUGCUUUCUUUUCUUUUCUUUUUUUCUUUUCUUUCUUUCUUUUUUCUUUCUUUUCUUUUCUUUUUUCUUUCUUUUUCUUUCUUUUUUCAUUUUUUUCUUUUUUUUUUCUUUUCUUUUUCUUUCUUUCUUUCUUUCUUUCUUUCUUUCUUUUUACUUUUACUUUCUUUCAUUUUUUUUUUCUUUUUACAUUUCUUUCUUUCUUUUCUUUCUUUCUUUCUUUCUUUUCUUUUUCUUUCUUACUUCUACAUUUUUUCUUUCUUUUACAUUUCUUUUCUUUUUCUUUCUUUCUUUCUUUCUUUCUUUCUUUUUUUUCUUUUUCUUUCUUUCAUUUUUCUUUCUUUUUUAUCAUUUCUUUCUUUUUUUUCUUUUUUCUUUCUUUCUUUUUCAUUUUACUUUUUUUCUUUUUUCAUUUCUUUUACAUCAUCUUUCUUUUCUUUCUUUCAUUUCUUUCUUUUUCUUUUCAUCUUUCUUUCAUUUUACUUUCUUUCUUCAUCAUUUCUUUCUUUUACAUUCUUUUCUUUCUUUCUUUCUUUCUUUCUUUCUUUCUUUCUUUCUUUUUUCAUCAUCUUUCUUUCUUUCUUUCUUUCUUUUUUUCUUUUUCUUUCUUUUUUUCUUUGCUAA